AAAAACAGAGAGAGAAAAAGGAAAGGGAAGGGAAAGGGGAAGGGAAAGGGAGAAGAAUUUAUUGUAAGCUUUGAGGGAUUGUCAAAGACGUUCAUGGAAUCCAAUUCUUCAUCGUGAGAGUUGAAGCGACAAAAUCACUGAAGCUUAAACCCUUCAAACAAGUUUCAAGAGAAGAAAAUUCAUCUCUUUGCGUCUCUUAAUCGGUUUAAUUGAGGCAUUUGGUCAAUGCAACCAGGAAGGAAGACAAAGGGGAAAGGCUCUGUGUGUGUGUGAAUUGUAGGAAGUGGAGAGCAAGAUGAGUGGCGGUGGCAGUGGCACUCCUCGAAGCACUAGGGAUUUGAUCUGUAACGCCGGUGCCGGUGCUGCCGCAGGUACUAUAGCAGCCACGUUUGUCUGCCCUUUAGAUGUAAUCAAGACGAGGCUGCAAGUACAUGGUCUUCCAUCUAGUCAAAGAGGAGGUAGUAUUAUUAUCAAUAGCCUACAAGACAUAAUGCGUUCUGAAGGUUUCAGGGGAAUGUACCGUGGCCUUUCACCAACCAUAGUAGCACUUCUUCCAAACUGGGCUGUCUACUUCACAGUUUAUGAGCAUCUAAAAGGCCUACUUCAUUCAGAUGGGGACGAUGGUCAUCAUCUCUCAUUUGGGGCAAAUAUGGUUGCUGCUGCUGGAGCUGGGGCAUCUACUGCCAUUGCAACAAAUCCUUUGUGGGUUGUUAAGACCAGACUCCAAACACAGGGAAUGAGGCCUGGUGUGGUUCCUUACACAGGCAUGGUUUCAGCAUUUACCAGGAUUGUACAGGAAGAAGGAUUUCGUGGGCUUUACAGUGGCAUCGUCCCUUCAUUGGUUGGGGUAAGUCAUGUUGCGAUUCAAUUUCCUGCAUACGAAAAGCUCAAAUCGUAUAUGGCAAAAAGAGAUAACACGACGGUUGAUAAGCUAAGUCCAGGACAUUUAGCUAUUGCCUCCUCAUUGUCGAAAAUUACAGCCUCAGUAACGACUUACCCACACGAGGUUGUUCGUUCCCGGCUACAAGAGCAAGGCCAAGCCAGAAACGUUGCUCCUCAAUACUCGGGAGUAAUGGACUGUAUCAAAAAAGUUUUUCGAAAGGAAGGUCUCCCCGGCUUUUAUAGAGGUUGUGCGACGAAUCUGUUGCGAACAACUCCAUCUGCUGUAAUAACUUUCACCAGCUAUGAAAUGAUACAUAGGUUCCUACUGCGAGUUAUACCUUCAGGCGAGGAGAAAUAUUCAGAAACCCAUCCGAACUCUGAUAGCAAUAGCCAUGUGAAGCCCCAAAAGGCAAACCGAGACGACUCAAAGGAAGAUAGUGAUUCCAGCAUACAACAAUCACAAUCCCAACCAAGUAAGCAAACUAGAAUUCCUCUGGGGAAUAAAGAACACCUGACAUCUAGACAUUGAUUAAAUCUGGUUGCCAUUUUUUUUUUUGUUUUUGUUUAAUCUUAUAAACGAACAAUAAAAUUCUCGAUGGUGAAUAAACGCAUGCUCUCCGUGUGCUUUGAAUUUUGUAACAUGUUUCUUGGUUAGCGAUGCUAUAGAGGGGAAAAGAAAAGAAAAGCUGUAGCAUCCACACGUCUUUGUGAGUGAAUGAAAGCCAUGUUAAGCUUAUAUCUGAUCGAGUCUAGGAAUUUUGGAAAUGAGAUGCUGAGCAAAUUGUGUAUUAUUAUAUUUAUUGAUUCGAUAAUAGAGGCUUUCAAUAAUCUCCAUGUUUCAAUGCA